UUCCAUCGUCACCAAACUAUUUUGGAGGUAAAAUUGGGCUUCAACUGCUCAUCAUGAGCACAAUGAAGCUCUUUUUCCUGCUACUUUUAAGUAGCUGUGCAGUUGCACAGCCAAGGGAAGAGAGUGCUGAAACUAUACAGACAACAUGCUCAAAAGAUACAUCAAGAUUCAAACAUUUCAAGAAGUACAUAUACAGCUAUGAAGUAGAAACCUCCAAUGGAAUUCCAGGAACUGCAGAUUCCCAGAGUGGUGUUAAAAUCAGCUGUAAGGCUGAAGUUGAAGUCCCACAAAUCUGCAGUUUUAUCUUACGAACAAAUAAAUGUACCCUGCGUGAAGUGACUGGAGUCAACGCAGAUGGCAAGGUGAUACUGAAGAAAGCCAAAAAUUCAGAUGACUUCGCAGCAGCCAUGUCACAAUAUGAACUCAAGUUUACCAGUCUUAAUGGGAAAGAUGUCAAUGUAUAUCCAAACAAGAAUGAGCCAGUCCACAUUCUGAACAUCAAAAAAGGUAUCAUAUCUUCCUUCAUGGCACCACCUGAGAGUGACAGCGACACAGCAACUGUUGUUAUGGAUACUGCAUAUGGGAAAUGCUCAAGCAAGGUGGAAGUCAAGAAAAGGAACAAAAAUAUUGCGACAGAUAUUGCAGUUGAAAGAGACCUAUCAUCUUGUGACCAGUUUUCUCCAUUCAGGGAUUAUGUCAGUCCAUUGGCCUUGAUUACAGGAAUGAAUACACUAUUAUCUACUCUGAUCAGCAGUAAACAGUCCUGCACCUACACUUUUGAUCCUAAGAGAAAACAUGUAGCAGAAGCAGUCUGCAAUGAAAAGCACCUGUUUGUACCAUCCUCGCACAAAGAACAGUAUGGGAUAAUGGCACAAGUCAAACAGAGCCUGAAGUUAGACGAAGCUCCUUCAACCAACAGCAGGGACUUUAGUGUUGAAGACUCCAUGAAAGAAAAUCUGUUUUUAAAACAAUCUACUAUCAAACUUUCACAAAAGAGUGGUGACAAUGUACUGAAGACCCUUGAGGACCUGAAACAACUGUCGGUUUCAAUGCAGAAUGCCCAAAGAGCUAGUCUCUUUCAGAAAUUUGUGACUGGACUAAGAAGUCUGAAGAAUGAGUCCUUGACGUCUGUCUUGCCAAAACUUAUGGAAACUUCAAGCUCUAUUACUUUACAAGCCCUUCCUCAGUGUGGUACUCCAGAAUGCUAUAGUGCUAUUCUACAAGUUCUGCGGGAUGACAGUGUAUCUCCACUAAUAGCAGAUGGAAUUAUUUAUGCUUUGGGGCUUAUGCCUUCACCUUGUCCUAGACGGGUUCGAGAAGUCCUCACCAUGGCUCAGUAUCUGCAGAGCCGUCCUUCAUUUUAUGCUCUGAGUCACACUGUCAGAAAGUUUUAUGAAGACAAUGGUAUAGCAGUGCAGGAAGUGAAAGAUGUAGCAGAUUUCAUGGCUUCCCUGAUUGGAAAAGACUGCUCUGGAGAGGAAGAAAAAACAUACCUGACUCUGAAGGCUGUAGGAAACAUGGGCAAAGCAAUGGAAUCCACAAAUGUUGAACUGAAAUCAUCGCUCUUGAAGUGCAUUAGGAACCCUUCAGCAUCGCUAUCAGUACAAAAGGCUGCAAUCCACGCACUAAGACAAAUGACACUGACUGAUAAGGUCCGUAACAACCUUGUUCAAGCUUUCCUAGAUGGACAGAGUCCAGCUGAAAAGCGUUUAGCAGCCUAUCUUAUACUUAUGAAAAAUCCUUCAUCAAGUGAUCUUAGCAAAGUAACCAAGUCUCUACUAGAAGAGAAAAAUGGCCAGGUGAAAAACUUUGUGGCAUCCCAUAUUACAAACAUCAUAGAAUCCAAGGAACUGCCUCUCCAAGAACUUAAAGAGAAAGUAGAAAGUGCUCUUAAUGGAGUUCAAGUUCCAUCCCUCAUGGACUUCAAAAAAUUCUCAGGAAAUUAUCGACUUUCAAAGGGCAUUGUGCUCCCAGUUAUUGAUCCAUUGAGUGCCACAGUAGAAGGAAACCUUAUUUUUGAUCCCAGUGGGUAUAUGCCAAGGGAAGCCAUGCUGGAGACAACACUGAGCAUCUUUGGCUACUCUUUUGACAUGUUUGAGCUUGGUCUCGAAGGGCAAGGCUUUGAGCCAACCCUAGAAGCACUGUUUGGACAAGAGGGAUUGUUUCCCAAUAGUGUACUAAAGACUUUGUACUGGGCUGAUGGGAAACUUCCAGAAGCAGUUUCCAAUGUCUUACACCAGUGGUUUGACUUUCCAAAGAACAAAGACUCUAAGCAGGAGCUCAUGAGAGAAAUUAUGCCACUUGUUCAGAAACUGGUGAACAACAUUAAAAACAGUGAAAACCCUGAAGCAAAAGCUUACUUACGAAUUCUGGGAACAGAGCUUGGAUAUAUGAAACUCAGUGACUUCAAGCUUUUUGCAGAACUUUUUAUGAGAAAUGUUGAAAGAUUAAAGAACAUUCCGAGCCAGCUUCUUCAAGAUAUAAUGAAAGGUAUUGAUAGUGACCUAUUUGCUCAUUACAUCUUCAUGGACAAUGAAUUUACCCUUCCAACUGGUGCAGGACUGCAGCUUAAAUUCUCCUUGUCUGGAACAUUGACUCCUGGAGCCAAAAUUGGAUUAAAUAUGCAGACAAAUAAUAUGCUGGGAGAAAUUUCUUUGAAUCCUUCUGUGUCAGUGGACUUUGCAACACAUAUGGGAAUUCUUAUUCCUGAAUUUACGCAAAAUGGAGUUGAGAUGAAUACAAAUCUGUACCAUGAAUCUGGAGUAAAAGUGGUUGCUGCAUUAAAGGAUGGCUCACUGAAAAUCAGCAUUCCAUCCCCAACAAGUCCAACAAAACUCUUCAGUUUAAGCAACAAGCUAAGCCUGCUGUCUACAACAAAGAGUGAAGUUAUUCCUCCUCUAAUUGAGAACAGACAGUCUUGGACAAGCUGCAGGCCUUUUUUCACUGGAUUAAAUUAUUGUACCAUUAUUCAGUACUCUAAUGCAAGUUCUACAAAUGAAGCUCCCUACUAUCCUCUUACUGGAGAAUCAAGCUUUGACCUUGAGCUGCAGCCCACAGGAGAAGUAAAAGAAUAUUCUGCAACUUUAAGCUAUGAGCCACAGAAAGUUGGAAAUGAAAUGAUUGAUACACUGAAACUAACUGUUCAGGCUGAAGGUGUUGCAGAUGCAAGUGCUACCAUUAAACUUUCAAGUAACAGAAAUCGACUAGCUAUAACUGGUGAUCUUCAGGUACCAAAGCUUGAUGUUGAUUAUGGAAUAAGAUUUGGAAUUAAUGACGAUUCCACCUUGAAGAAGACUGAAUAUAUGAUAAGUGCUAAUGUCACGAGCAGAAACAUACCUGAACUUAUUCUUCUAGGACGUGCAAGGAACCUCAAAAAAGGGGAAACAUUGCUUCAUGGAAUGUUUUCAGUUCCAAAUCUGAACAUCGAAGCAAAGGCUGAAACACUGGUUCGCUCUGACAACAAGGCAAUGUCCAUUCAGUUCGAUACAUCAUAUCUGGUCUAUCAGUCCAAGGCUACCCAGCAAUAUAUCCUCAGAUAUGAUGGCAAGAACAUUGUUCUGAGUUGGAAUCAGGAUGCUCAAACCAACAUCAAAAAACUCACUUCCGAUGCUGAAAAUCUCCUCAAAAAUGUUGAUGUGCCAGAUAUCUCAGAAUAUUCUAAGGCUCUACAGAAAUAUGCUGACAACAUCCUAGAUCAGAAGGUUGCCUCAACCGAUAUGACACUCCGGCAUAUUGCAUCACAGUCAGUAGUGGCAGCAAAUAACUGGCUUCAGAUGAAGAAAAAAGAUUUCCCAUAUGCUGCAACUAUCCAGACACACCUACAAGGACUUCAAGAACUCAGAAUGGAAAAGCUGGGGCUGCCCACCUUGAACUUACCCGAACAAUUUUUCUUGAGAAGCAAUGGCAAUAUAAAAUACACAUUCAACAUUAAUAAAAUGGUCAUUACUAUUCCCAUUCCAUUUGGUGGAAAAUCUUUGGAAGAACUGAACUUUCCAAAGAAAAUAAGGACACCUUCAGUAGCAGUUUCUUCCUUGGGACUUGAUGUGCAUUCAAAGGAGUUCUCUAUUCCUUCAUUCUACAUUCCAGAGACAUACCAGCUCCAUCUGCCUCUCCUUGGUGUCUUGGAGAUCUCUGCAGGACUCAAUAGUAAUUAUUAUAAUUGGUCAGCUUCCUUUAAUGGUGGAAACAAGACAAAAGAUACUCUACAUUAUGACAUGAGUUAUAAAGUCAUCGGCAGUUCUGCUAUUGAUAUCCUUUCACACAAACUAGAAGGUUCUGCAGCUAUUUCUGAGUCGCAAGAAAUGGUGUGGAUGUUGUCAUAUGAUGAAUCGAUACAUCAUCGUUUCUUGGAUGGAAAUACAAAUCUCAGUGUAAACUAUGAUAUACAAAAAGGCAAAGCAAAGACAGAAUAUAAAUGUACAGCAUCAAGUAGUUUAGGUGCAACAACUUCUUUAACAUAUUCAUCUGAAACAACUAGUGAGAAUGGAAAAGUGUUAAACACCCAGAACAUAGAUGGAGAGCUAAACAUUGCUUCAUAUUUUGUAAAGAGUACUUAUUCAUCAUCUUCUAAUAUGGAUUAUAAUUUUAAUGCAUAUGCUGGAGAGGCACACACAAAGCUUCAGUCUUCCUGGUUUGACAUUACUAAUGUACUAAAAGAUAAAUACAAUGGCUAUGGAUAUUCAUUUACAUCAGAUACUAAUGUCCAGAAUGGAGCAUUUGUUAAUAAUUUUGAGUUUCAUUUCAGAGACCUUGAACUAAAAAUUAUAUCUGAUUCUAAAGGAAAUUACAAAAGCCUUUCAGGACUCAACAAGAUAAAUUUAGGAGUUUCAACUGAAGGGAUUAAAAUUCAAUCAGAGUACCAAGCAGAUUACUAUCGUAACAGAUAUUAUACCCUGAUUUCAGGCACUGUUGAUUCUUCUGGUCUGGAAAUCAAUGCUGAUAUUACUGCUAACUCUAAUGACAACAAAAGGGCUGCUUACAAAGGUACACUACAAAUUAACCAGAACGAUUUGUCCACCAGCUCCACCACAAUGUUGAGGUACAACUCUGUAGCAGUAACUCAUACACUAAAUGGAGGUAUUGAUUCUACAGGAGCUACCUUUAAAAUUAGUACUGAAGGAAAUAUGCAGCCAAAUAAUGUUAAAGUCAGCCUUGAUGGAUCUGUAACCACUACAGGCAUUGCUAUUACCAGUGUAGCUCAAGGUACAGUUUUUGAUGUUAGUGGGCAGCAUGUCUUGAUUUUCAAGGUUGAAAAAGCAGGAUUGCAAUUUGUAAACACUUUUCUUGGAUCACACAGUACAAAGAAGAUUGAAUACAAUAGUAACCUAAAGAUUCCUGGCUGGUCCCUCCACUUUGAUUCAAAAUUAGAUGGUGCACUAGAUACUUCUAAGAUCUACAAACAUAGUUUUGAUUUAGAUUUGCAGCGUUACAAGCUUGUUGCAAAGUUAAAUCACAAUCUUAAGUACAAUACCAUUUCUGCUGACAAUCGAGUGCAGCUUAAUCUUGAACCAUUUAAACUUAACCUGAAUGGUGACAUGGGAGCAGCAUAUGGAAAGGAUAAAGUAAAGCACACCUAUUCUAUUAAUUAUGCUGAUUUAACUAUAACCAUAAUGAGUGAUUCUUCCUCCAAACUCAAAGACAUGCAGGCUAGUAAUAGUGCUAAGUUGGAAAUUGCUGGAAUUGCUGUAAAACUGAACAGUGACACACGGUUUGACUCAACAUCUUUAAAGUUUACUAAUGUUCUUCUUGCUGCAGCAGCUCCAUUUACUAUGACUAUUAAUGCAGUCACUAAUGGAGAUACAAGUAUUAAUAUUCUGGGAUUCCACAGUGGCCAGCUAUAUAGCAAACUGUUGUUUAAAGCAGAACCUCUGGUAUUAACUUUCUCUCAUGAUUACCGGGGUUCAACUACUCACAGGCUUAGUGAUAGAAGGUCAGCUGAAACACUUCUUGACAGCAAAGUUAAUACAUUGCUUAGCCCAUCUGAACAGUCUGGUUCGUGGAAGAUAAAGUCUAAACUUAACAACAAUGUGUAUAAUCAAGAACUUAGUACUUUCAAUGAUAUUGAGAAACUUGGUGUUGUACUUAGUGGGCAAGCUAUUGUUGAUCUUAACAUGCUAGAUUCACCACUAAUGCUGCCACUAAUCUCGUCUCACUCAUUUAAUUUGAUUGACGUCAUGGAUUUGAGGAGUUCUUUGGCACAGCCCCAAGAAUUCAGUAUAUCUGGCACCAUACAAUAUGAUAAAAAUAAGGAUGUUCGUGUAAUAAAUGUGCCAUUCAUUCAAAAUCUACCUAUUUAUUUUGACCAAAUCAAAGGUGCUAUGGUGUCUACACUGGAAGCAUUUCAGAAUUUUCUAAAGAAAGCUGAUAUUGAUAAAUAUGUGCAAAAAUACAGACAUAUGCUGGAUAAAUUACCUCAGCAAAUGAAUGAUUAUAUAAAUGAACUACAUUUAGAAACUAGCGUGAAAGACAUAAAGAAUAAAUUGGUUGCCUUUACCAAAGACUAUCAAAUUACAAUUGAACAGCUACAAAAUCUGUUGGCAAAAGUUAUGUCACUACAUAAAGAAACACUGGUGCAGCUACAGAACCAGUUGUCCGAGAUGCAGAAAUACCUUGCAGACAUUUAUGACUAUUAUGACCUGGGGUCUGUGAUUGACAGAAUUGUAAAUGAAAUUAUACAGCAAAUAAAAUCUCUGGAUGAGCAAUAUGACAUUAGUCAAACUGUGAUUAAGACAUUAAACUCUUUGCGAGAUGUGAUUCAGCAAUAUGAUCAAUUCCAAAGUAGCACUGCUGACUACAUUCAAAGUAUAGAAGACAAAUAUCAUAUCAAAGCUCAGCUUCAAGAAAAAAUGGAACAACUGAAAGCACAGAUACAAAGUUUAGAUGCACAAGAAACUGCCAAUAAAAUAAAGGAGUACUUGCAGUCUAUUGACAUUUCUGAACAUAUUGAAAAAUUAAAGGCAUCUAUUCCAUUUGAUAAGAUAGAUCAAGUCCUUGAACAACUGAGAGCAAUAAUUAUGAAUUUGAUGGAAGAGUAUGAGAUAGCAGACAAAAUCAAUGCUUUAAAUAAAAAAAUGCAAGACAUUAUUCUAUAUUAUAAUAUAGAUAAACAAAUUCAGAUUUUUUUAGAUAAAACGACUGAACUUGCUAAAGAAUACAAAAUUAGAGAGACUACACAGGCAUUUCUCAAUUCUCUAAAAAGUGUCAGCAUUAAGGAUAGUGUGGAUACCAUAAUCAAAAGACUAGAUGUUACCAUCGAGUAUCUAAAGGAAUAUAACUAUAAGAAAUUCAUCGACCAAGUAAAUGACUUUCUUGAUCUGGCCAUUAAGACAUUGAGAUCAUUUGAUUACAAUGAAUUUGUAGAUAAGGUAAACAAUAAAAUUUUGGAGGCUAGGCAGAGCAUCUACGAUAAAAUUAAGGCUCUAGAUUUACCUCAAAAGGCAGAAGCACUGAAAGCCUAUGUGAACUAUAUAAGAAGUACUAUUCUUACUUACACUGAACAGCUGAAGGAUGCACAAUUUGCAGAAAUCUUUGCCUGGGUAAGAAAUGCAAUAAAUUCUGUUGCCCUCGAUGAUUUAAAAGUCAGGCUAGAAGAGAAUCUAGAAGACUUACGUAACAGAAUUAGUUCAAUAAAUAUUCCAAAGGAAAUGAAGAUAUAUUUGCAAAAGAUUGAACAGGUCUAUAUUAGUGUUGUAAACUAUAUUUCAGAACUGUGGAACAAUGCAGCUAUAAAGAUAACUGAACUAGGAGAACAGUACAGUGUUUCACACUGGGCAAAUAAGGUUAAAUUAUUUGUAGAGGAAGGCUUUACUGUCCCAGAAAUUAAAUGCAGUAUUAUUAAUAUUCCACCAUUUGAAGUAAGUUUACGUGCACUAAAGAAGGCGGAAUUUCACACUCCUGAAUUUUCUGUCCCCCUAACUGAUCUUGUUAUCCCCUCUCUGCACAUUAAUAUCAGAACACUCAAAAGCAUUGAAGUACCAUCACAGAUUACAACACCAGCAUUCACUAUUCUCAACACUUACAAAAUUCCAUCUUUUAUAAUAGACUUAAAUGAGAUCAAGCAGACCAUAAUAAGAAUGUUAGAUAAAAUUCAGUUAAGUGAAUUUCAGAUUCCAACACCGGAGUUAUAUUUUAAAGACCUAAAAUUAAGAGAUGUGUUGCUUUUUGAUAUGUCUUUUCCAGAAAUAAAUUUUGAACACCUCAGUCUUCCUGAUCUACAAAUACCUACAAUAACAAUUCCAAAGCUAAAUCUAGAUGAUCUCCAAUUUCCUGAAAUUCAGAUACCUGAAAUUAAACUUCCUCGUAUUCCUCAUGAAAUCACCGUACCAACAUUUGGCAAACUUCAUGGAACAUUUAAAAUAGCAUCACCCUUUUACACACUGACAACCACUGGUUUAAUACAGAAUGCUACAACAAUUCAGAAGAGUCCACUAUUUAAGGCAUCUCUAUCAGCUCAGGCUUCUUCUAAAGCAGCUCUUUUAGAAUUUACAUUGGAUUGCAAUGCUCACCUUUCAGCUCCUGGUAUGGAAUUGCUUGAGUUUGUAGAAAAUGUAAAGCUUAAUCAUAAAAACAUUGUGCUUAAUCAUGAGGGAAAAACAACAUUCUCUACUUCCUCUCUUGUUGGUUUAGCAACAACAGCAAUAAAGGCUAACUGUCCGGUGUAUACUGUGGAUGUGACUAAUAAUUUAAGUUUUACUCUUCAAAGAGGUAUUUCUUUUAAUACACAGACAACAUAUAAUCUUGGACUAAAUAGUCCACAACAUAAACUGAAAAGUGAGUUGACCAUGCAGAACAACAUUCAAAUGAGCAUCGAAACACGCAGAAUAACUGUCACUGUCUCCACUAGAGGGAACGGCAAGUGGUCUUGCCCGAUGUAUUUAGAUGAAGGUAAGCAUGAUAGUACUAUUCUUUUCAGCUUGGAUGGAUCAACUGCUGCCUUGAAAUUUUCUGGAGAUACAACAACUAAAUAUUUAGUACUGAAACAAAAUGUGAACUUGGACUCUGGGCUGCUUAGUUUUGUGGGACUUAAUAUGCUGAUUGAAAUGGAGUCUCCAUAUAUUGGCAGCAGUAUAGUCACUGUUAAAGGAAAAGGAUCUCUGGAAGAAAUGAAAACUCAACUUGAAAUAAGUCACAAUGCAAACCUUGUAGGGACAGCAACAGGAAAACUGGCAAACUCACUUAUCUUUGUGGCACAGCCAUUUGAAAUGAGCAUAUCCUCUAAUAAUAAUGGAAAUAUGAAGAUUGUUUUUCCUAGGGAACUCACCAGCAAAAUAGAUUUUGAGAACAAUUAUGAUUUUGUAUUAAGCUCAGAGAGACAAGAGGUAAACUGGAAGGCCAGUUCAAGAUUUAAUCAGUAUAAGUACGCUCAUAAAAUGUAUUUAGGCAAUAAUGCAGAUAGUACUGGAGCUAGUAUGGAAAUGAAUGGUGCAGCUAAUCUUGAUUUCCUAAAUAUGCCUGUUGAUAUUCCAGAAAUUGCAAUACCAUAUAGUCCUUAUAAAACUCCUAAAGUAGCAGAGUUCUCUCUUUGGGAAAGAACAGGACUGAAAAGUCUCCUGAAGACCACAAGGCAGUCAUUUGACUUAAACUUUAAGAUACAGUAUAAAAAGAACAAAGACUUCCAUUCUUUUACAAUCCCAUUAGAAGCCCUAUAUAAAUCAAUUAAUGCCAAUAUUAGAUCAUUCAAUAACAAUUUUGAAAAAGGCAGAGAUAAAGCACUGAACGUGCUUACAGAGUCAUACAACCAAGCCAAAACACAUUUUGACAAAUUCAAAAUAGAUACCUCAGCCAAUAAGCAACCAAGAUUCAUUAGAAUUCCAGGUUAUACAGUUCCACUUCUGAACAUUGAAGUCUCACCUUUUACAGCAGAACUCCCAGCAUUUGGUUACUUUAUUCCAAAAGAGGUCAGUACACCUAGUUUCAUACUGCCAUUCUUGGGCUUCUCUAUACCUUCAUAUACCCUUGUGUUACCAUCCUUAGAUCUUCCUGUGCUGUAUGUACCAAACACACUUCGUAAACUGUCACUUCCUAAAUUUAAAAUGCCAAAAAUACAAAAUGCUAUAAUGAUACCAGCAAUGGGUAAUAUGACCUAUGACUUUACCUUCAAGUCAGCAGUAAUCACCCUGAAUGCCAAUGCUGGACUUUAUAACCAAUCAGAUAUAGUUGCAAGGUUUGGUGCGUCAUCUGUGUCAACAUUUGAAACACUCAACUUUGCAUUUGAUGGAACAACAAGUUUAACAAGGAAGACUGGACUUAAAGUAGCAACAGCUUUGUCUUUAAAUCACAUGUACAUUCAAGCAAAACAUGACAGUUCUGUCAGCCUCACAAAGAGUACUACAGAUGCUUCCAUCACAACUACAGCCAAAAUAUCUUGCCCUGUACUUAAUGUUAAUUUAAAACAAGAACUUAAAGGGAAUCCCACAACCAAACCUAAUGUUAAAUCAGUUAUUAGCUGUGAUUAUGUCUUCAGUUUACCAAAGUACCAAACUAGCUUGAAUGGAAAAGCUGAGCAUAUAUUAACUUUAGAAGGUCUUACAUCUUACUUCUCUAUAGAGUCAACUGCUAAUGGAGAUGUUUCUGGGACUAUUUUAUCUCAACAAUUUUUAGGAAAACUGAAAAAAGAGGCGAAUACAUAUAUUAAUGCCAAAGGGUCUCGCUCGGCUGUAAAGCUCAGUCUUGAAUCUAGUGCAGAAGGAAGCAAAGGUAAAAACUGGAAUCUUGCACUGGUUGAAGAUUUAGCCCUUGAAGCUUCUACUCAGCGCAUUUAUGCAGUAUGGAAGCACAACUCUGACAACAUGAUAAAGAUUGAACCAGUGUUAAAUACAAAUGGAAAACAAAGAUGCAAGGCAACAAUUGAGGCAGUACCCUGGAGCUUAAUUACAAAUAUUGAUGUAGAGGUAAACCAGCCCAGUAAUUAUAUGAAGAAUGCCAACCUACUUCAGUCUUUAUCACUGAAUAUUAACCCAGAAAUCCAGAAUGUUGAAUACAGUGGGACAUAUCAGAUCAACAGUGCAAUACUAAGUCAAGAUGUCAAGGUUGUCAAUAACAAAACAAGUGUACUUUGUGAGCUUGCAGGUUCUCUUCAAGGACAUGUGAAUUUUCUCAAAUCAAUUGUAUUGCCAGUUUAUAAAAAGAAUAUGUGGGAGAUCCUGAAAUUUGGGGUCACAACCAGUGAAAACAAGUUGCAGUAUUUAAAUUCAUCAGCAGUUUUAAUGUACAAAAAAAACAAAGAUGGCUAUUUCUUUAAAUUACCUGUAACAGUUCUUUCUGAUGGUGUUGUGAUAAAUAUUCCAGCUGUACAGUUACAAGUGCCAGUGUGGGUGAACAACCUGCGACGUUUGCUCCAUGAUUACAAGAUUUAUUACUAUGAGAAUUAUGGAAAAGAUGCCAAACUCACACUUCCUUCAGUUAUUAAAACUCCACAAUUUAAUGUUCCUUUCACUACUCUAUCAAUUCCAGCAUAUAAUAUUGAUCUGACAAAGAUUAAAAUUCCCAAGAAAAUAAGCACAUUUUCAUUUGACCUCAGUCUUCCAACUUUACCAAAAGUAAAAUUUAUUAAAACCGAUAUUGGUGCCAAAUAUAAAACAAAUGAAGAAUACAAAAUCCCUUAUUUUGACAUAAGCAUCCCCAAAUCUGGAUUCACUAUUUCUGAUUUUACUCUUCCAAAAACUGUAAGUAUUGGUGGCUACUCAUGGGAGCUAGACAGCUUGGCAAAACAGAUUGCUGACUUUGAACUUCCAACUGUGACAAUUCCAGAACAGAAAGUAGAGAUUCCACCUCUUACAUUCAGCUGGCCUGCUGGUUUGUUUAUACCUACAUUUGGAUCUCUUAGUGGAACCAUUAAAAUUGCCUCACCAAUAUACAAUGUUACCUGGACCACAACACUGAGCAAUAAAACAAAUUCCUUAGAGGCUUCUCUGGAUGCUACCUGCAGUUCUACAUUACAAUUUCUUGAAUUUGAUAUUGAUGCUAACACAGCUGCUUCCAGUGAGAAUGCCAACCUAAUUUUCAAAGAAAAAGGCAGUAUUUCUCACCGUGAAUUUAACUUGGAGUGGACAGAGGAAUUCAGUCUGAAAGAUAACAGAUUUGUAGGACGUCUGACUAUUGUAAGUCCCACAUUUGCUGAUGUUAGCAUGAACUGCAAUAAAAACAGUGAAAGAAUUUCUAUAUCAGUGUCUUCCCCAGCUGCUGGCUUUAUGGGUCUUGUGUUAGACACGAAGAACACAGAUGUACUCAGUGGAAAAUUAUACACUCAAGCUCCACUUUCCUCUGAAGAGGAGAACAUCAUAGUGCAGGGAGAUAUUUCACUGGAAAACCCAGAAGUACUACAAAUUAAAGCCAAGUGGAAUGAUGAUAACGCUGCUGCCGUAGUGAUGGGUCUAAAGGACAGAAUACCCAAAAUGUCAAAUGCAGUCUAUAACUGUCUGAAUAAAUACCACCGCGAACAUUUUGGAAUGGGGAUAAACACCGCUUCUCAAAAACUAAAGGAAGCUGUGAAAGAUACAAUUGACAAUACCUAUCAGAUGACCAAUGCAAAGAUCGAAGACAUUGAAUACAAACUCCAUACUGCAGCUAAGAGAGCAGUGCAGGAGUACGACUACAUGAAAGAAAAGUAUCGAGAAGUGUAUCAGAUCGCAGCCGACCAAGCAGCUAACGUUGAUGUUCACAAACUUGCAGCUGACUUCUUUGACACUGCCAUUGAGUUAGUGCAGGCUUAUCAAAAGAAAACAAGGGAAGUAAUUGAAGCAGUAAUUACUUUUGUGAAGGGGACAACGUUUCAGGUGCCUGGAAUGGAUAGGAAAUACACUGGUGAAGAACUGUAUGAUAUGUUGACAAGACAGAUACCUCUAGCAAUUGAUGAAUUCAUCCAAAAUAUUCAUAACUUUAUGAAAGAAUAUACUGAUGCUUUUGUUAAGUUUAUUAAUGAAAUAGAGAUUAAGUUCCCUGGUAGUAAUAAAGCAUUCAGUGGAAAACUGCUGUUAGACUAUGUUAAAGUGAUCUUAACUGAAGUUGAUAACAGGAUUCGUGAAUGGCUUGCAGUACUUCCACGUUUCCAACUGGACUCCAUGUUGCAACAACUGAAAGACUAUACACAAUAUUGUUUAGAAAGAAUUGAAGAUCUAUUCAAGGCCCUUAAGGAAAAAGACUUUAAGGCUGUAACUGUCCUGUUUGAACAUAUACACACUUAUAUAACAAAGUCAAAAUUUGGAGAAACAGUAAAAAGUACUACAAUUUUUUUCAGGGAAAAUUUUUCUGAAUUCAAGGAAAUAGCCCAGAAAGAGUUACUUGCUUACUUAGAUCAGAUCAGUAUUUAUGUAAAAGCACUUCGUGAAGAGUUCUUGGAUACAAAUAUGGUUGGAUGGACUGUGAAAUAUUAUGAAAUUGAAGAUAAUAUAGUCAAACUAUUACAGGUACUGAAGGACUAUUUAAAAGAGAUGGGUCCAAAAUACAUGCAGCAAACAGCUGAAAUGGCCAAUCGCUUAGCAACAGAGCUCACAGCUCUUUAUGAAAAGAACGCUCCAGAAUACUACACUUAUGCUACUGACCUUUUCACUAAUUUUGAAAGAAGAGGGAGAGAGAAAAUUUCAGAACUAUCAGAUUUAGCACAGACGGAGAUAAAACAAUGGGCAGAAUCUGCAAAAAGCACUGCAACUGUUUAUAAAGAGCAGGUUAACAUGAGACUUCAGGAUAUAUAUGCACAACUUUUUGAUUCAUAUGAUAAAUUUAUCAGUGAGGUAAAAAGACUGAUUGACUCAACAACUGAACAAUGCAAAUUCUUUUUUAAAUUAAUUUUGGAACUCUUACAGAAUCUUCAGGCUGAGGCAUCAGAAACAUUUCAGGUGAAAACAAGCAAGAAUGAACUGGAAAUUAAUGUACACCAUUCAUUAAAUUAGAAUUCUUUUGAUGAAAUUCCUCAUUUACAAAACAAACAACAAAAAAAAAAAAAAAACAAUAUACAGAAAAAAACGUUUUCAUAGAUAAGGGAAAACUUUAAACAAAUACUCAUCAGUAUCUUUCUGAUAGCAAUAUUUAUGUGAAAAGAAUUCUUGAGACCGCUCAAAACAAACCCAUAAAUGAAGAGGACAUAUAUAAAUAAAUAAAUAUAUAUAUAUAUAUAUAUAUAUAUAUAUAUAUAUAUAUUUCUUUUUUCACUAUAUUUAAGAAUUGGUGCAUGGUAGCUCAAGAAGACAGUAACUGUUUUGUAAAUGAAAGCAAUUGCAUUUCUAAGUAUGUAUUAAACGUGAAAAUAAAAUAUAUAAAACUCA